AAAUCCAAAGAAAACACAAGGCCAGAAGGACCUCUCAGUUUCCAAUCUCUUCAUGCCAAUAUGUUUACUAUAAAUCCAACCAACCCUAGAGCUUCCAUCAUAUCGCUCACAGGGUUUCGAACAGAGCUAUAAUCGUACACAGAAAAGAGAGAGACCACUGCAAAUUUAUAAGGCUAAUUUAGAUGGAGGGAAAGCCAGUUGCUGCCAAUAUUAAUCAUGUUUUCCAAGACAUUGAGCCAUUAGAAGAAUGGGUACGAGAGCAAGCAUCUGACGCUUUCCUCGUCCAUCUGUCGGGAUAUAAAAAGGAGAAUCUGAAGAUCCAAGUAACCUCAGCUCGAUACGUAAGGGUGCUUGGUGAACGCCCACUUGGGGACAACAAAUGGGAGCGCUUCCGCAAGGAAUUCCCAAUUCCCUCAAACUGUGAUCCCAAUGACAUUUCUGCCAAAUUUGAGAACGGCGUUCUUUCUGUCAAGCUCCCCAAAAUGAUAGCUCCAGCAGUUGAUACAAAAGUACCAAAAACCUCCACCGCAGAAGCCCCAAAGCCACCCACCCAAGAAGCUCCAAAGCCACCCACCAAAGAAGCUCCUAAGCCACCCACCCAAGAAGCUCCAAAGCCACCCACCAAGGAAGCUCCUAAGCCACCCACCAAAGAAGCUCCUAAGCCGCCCGCCACGGAAGCUCCAAAGCUUCCUAAACCCAUGAGCACGGGUGGGCCGCAGCCUCAAAAGACUGGUGCUAAUAACCAAGAGCAGAUCAAGAAAAGCAACGAAGCAACUUCACAGGGGCAACAUAGUAAUUACGCGCCUCCGCAGACAACUGAAAAGGAACCAAGUAGGGUGAGUAAGAGUAGCAACCAAGUGGAAGCUGAGGCUAGCAAUGCUGCUCAGAAAACAAUGGACAAGGACAAGAGUGGUGAUGGGUUGGACAAGAUUGCUGCUAAAAGCACUGAAAAACUUCACGAAGAUCGCGGGAAAAGGGUUGAGGAUUCGACAAAAGAGGAGCUUAGAAGAGCAUUAUUUGGGCAUCCUGAGGACAAUGCUGGUGUUGAGAAGUGCUCUUUUAGCUAUAACUAUAAGCAGGCGGUGGAUGGGCUGGUUAUGGAGAUGAAGCAGCAGCCAAGGAAAAUGGUGAACUGGGGUUUGGCAUUUUUAUUUGUUCUGGUACUUUGGUUGUAUGUCAAGCAUACAAUCAAUUCAAUUCAGGAAAUUAAACGCCAAGAACUGUAAAUCUGUAAUGACUGCUCAUGCAUGCAUAUGAAAAAUGCAUGAAUUGAAUAAAAGGACUUGACCAUUGGGAGGUUGUCCCUAA